UUUUUAUUUAUAUAUAAAUUAGAAGAAUAUUUGAAAUUAUGAAAUGGCAGGAUGGCAAAUAAUGCUAAACACUCUCUAGCUAUGAUGACUCAUUGAUACCAUACUAUAAUUUUCGACACUAGUCAAUUUCUUCACUUUAAGAUAUUCUACUGCCCAUAUAUUCCCAAAACUUGACUCUGUCUACUUUCUCCAAACACCAUGCAAUUUGGAUACUUCCUGGUCAAAUGCUCCAACAAAUACUUCAUUCAUCUAUUUUCAACCAAAAAGAGCUACUAGAGAAUGCUCUUGGUUAAGACACCUACCGCUCUCCUCUCUUUGAUCCACAAAUACAACUAAUUUUUAGUCAUGACCCUCCCAUUAAGUUCUUGUUCAU